CAAUUCCUUUUAUGUUUUAACUGUUUUUCCUUCCAUAGGUUCCCAUGAAAAUAUUGUUGGAUACUACUCGUCUUGGUUUGAAAAUGAGCAGCUCUACAUUCAGAUGGAAUUAUGCGAUCACAGCUUAUCCAUCAACAAGUUUUCCCGAACCUUCACAGAGGGAGAAAUUUUGGAAACCUUGUUUCAGAUUGCAAAGGCGUUGCAGUUUAUACACAGGAAGGGAAUAGCUCAUUUAGAUGUAAAACCUGAUAAUAUAUAUGUCAAGAAUGGUGUUUAUAAGCUUGGUGACUUUGGAUGUGCAACUCUACUUGAUAAAAGCCUACCAAUUGAAGAGGGUGAUGCUCGAUAUAUGCCUCAAGAAAUCCUGAAUGAGAAAUAUGACGAUCUUGACAAGGCUGAUAUUUUCUCCUUGGGAGUUGCUAUUUAUGAGCUUAUUAGAGGUUCACCUUUGCCCGAAUCAGGACCUCAAAUUUUAAAUCUUAGGGAGGGAAAAUUGCCACUCCUUCCUGGCCAUUCACUGCAAUUUCAGAACUUACUCAAGGUCAUGUUGGACCCAAAUCCAGUUUGGAGGCCAUCAGCUAAAGAUUUGGUUGAAAAUCCAAUUUUUGACAAGGCCCUGAGAAAGGGACGAGCUUAGGACAACCACGAUUGCCUUUUGUAGAGAUUGGAGUGUUGUAUGCGUCAUUCAUUUGCAUCAGCCGGCCCUGUAAAACAGGCAAAGUGAAAUUCGUGAAUGACAAAUUUUGUAAGUAUAAAUUAUUCCUCUAAACUAUGCACCUAAUUUUCCCAUUUCUUCGGUGCAUAUUUUGUUAAUCUGGAGGAAAUCUGUGUCAUGUACUCACGCUUAUGUGCUGCUGCUAAUGAAGGCCUAAAUUUAUUGCCUGCA